AGACCUGCAGUGACGGGCGCGGGGGCGGUUCUUACCCGAACGGACCCGGCUCCUCGCCCUCGUCUCCCGCCGAUUGGCCCCUCGCCUCCCCCGCCCUCAGGUGCCGAAGGCGGAGGCCGCCCUGGUGGAGCCCGCGCAGGUUCUUGGCCCGGAAUGGAGGAUGAGGAGAUACCUUGUCAGCAAAGGGUUUCUGCAGAAGGAGUGUCACAGGCCAGGACUCCCAAAGCAGGCCCUUCCACCCAGCAAGCCUACCCCUGCGAGGCAGGCGGCCUGGUCUUGAAGGACAUUUCGCACUUGGCUGAGCACCAAGAAACACACUCUGGGCAGAAACAGUGUGGGGGACAGUUCUGGUUCCGUGGGAACCUUCACCACCAGAGACAGGGCAGUGGAGAGAAGCCCGUCAGGAGAGACGAGGGCCAGGCCUUUCUUGUGGGCAGCUGCCCUGUCCAGCCCCUGGCAGUGCCCUUUGCGCCUGGAGAGGCCCGGGAGGGCUUCUUAGCUCGCUCAGGCCGCUCCCAGCACCGCGCCCCCCACGGUGCGUGGAAGCCACACGGUGAUGGCAGGUGUGCGGGGGCCGUGCCCAAUGGACAAAGGCAUUACGAGUGCAGCGAAUGCGGGAAAGCCUUCAGCCGCAAAGACUCGCUCGUCCAGCACCAGAGAGUCCACACUGGAGAGCGGCCGUACGAGUGCAGCGAAUGUGGGAAAACCUUCAGCCGCAAACCCAUACUUGCCCAGCACCGGCGAAUCCACACCGGAGAGAUGCCCUACGAGUGUGGCAUCUGCGGGAAAGUUUUUAACCACAGCUCCAACCUUAUUGUCCACCAACGAGUCCACACCGGAGCGAGGCCUUACAGAUGCGGCGAGUGUGGGAAAGCCUACAGCCACAAGUCCACGCUAGUGCAGCACGAGAGCGUCCACACGGGAGAGAGGCCCUACGAGUGCAGCGAGUGUGGGAAAUACUUUGGUCACAAGUACAGACUCAUCAAACACUGGAGCGUCCACACCGGGGCCCGGCCGUACGAGUGCAUCGAGUGCGGGAAAUUCUUUACCCAAAGCUCCGACCUCAUCGCGCACCAGAGGGUCCACAACGGGGAGAAGCCCUACGUGUGCAGCGAGUGUGGGAAAGCCUUCAGCCACAAGCACGUGCUCAUUCAGCACCACAGGAUCCACACCGGGGAGAGGCCGUAUAAGUGCAGCGAGUGUGGGAAGGCCUUCAGGCAGAGGGCUUCCCUCGUCCGACACUGGAACGUCCACACUGGAGAAAGGCCAUAGGGUGGCGGGGAGUGGGCCUGUCCGUGGUCACAGGUGACUGACGCCAGACAGAAGCUCUGCGAGCCGCCUUGGAGAGGAGCCAUCAGCCGGAAGUUGGCCCCCAUCCCUGUGAACACCCACCCCAAGAAGAUUCCUCUGAGGGUCCCUCCUCGGGAAGCUUUCUGGAGCAAUGUGGCUGGCGCGUCAUCACCUGCCCAGCACCCCUGCCACAAUCCUGUCACUGCCAGUGUCUGCAAGGAGCCAUCCACCCAUGUGUCAGCGCCCCAUGUUGAGCGAACAUCGGCCAGCAUGCUCUGCUAGGCCAGCGGCUCGCAACCUGUGGGUCGAGACCCCUUUGGGAGUCUAACGACCCUUUCACAGGGGUCGCCUAAGACCAUCGGAAAACACGUAUAUAACUACAUAUUGUUUUUGUGAUGAAUCACGAUGCUUUAAUUAU